AUGUUUAGCGAUUUACGAUCAAAGGGAAAAAUAAAUUAUUUAAUCACCUAUAAAAUAAGUCAAGAUCAUAUAGAAACUACAUUCAGUGCUAUCAGAAGUAGACUAGGCUACAACAACAAUCCAACAUGCAAACAAUUUAAAGCUGCAUACAAACGCAUAUUAGUGCACAAUGAAAUAGUUGGGUCUGAAUUUGGCAACUGUUCUAUAUUGGAUAACACUAAAAUGUUAACAGUUAAUUCAUGUGUAGAGGAGAAGCAAAUUAAUGAUACUUGUAAACCAGAGGUUCAUCUUUUGGACCAUGAUUACUUUGAAUCUUAUAUGAAUAUUUCAAAAUAUGUUGGGGAUACUUCACAGUAUAUUGCUGGAUUUGUAAUAAAAAAAAUAUUAAAAUCUAUUACUUGUUCUAUGUGUCAAGCUUCAUUAAUCACCAAUAAUUCAAAUUAUAACAGAAACACUUUAAUCAGUAUAAAAAAUCGUGGUAGUUUAAUUUUCCCCAGUAAAAGUGUUGUACUAGUCUGUCAAGAAACAGAAAGAUUAAUUCGAAGCUAUCCACCCACUUAUUUCAACAGUAAUAAAAACAAAUUAUAUUUGUUGGUUAAAAUUAAACAGAAUUUGUACAAAUAUAAUAGAGAACUUUUUUCAAACUGCCCUGAUCAAGAAUCAUUUUUAGAUACACACAAGGACCAAAUUAUAAAGUUAAUUGUUUUUAAAUAUGUAGACAUUCGUGUAUUUCAUGAAGUUCGAAAAGUGAAUGACACAAAUAUAAAAUCAGGCCGUUCUAGAGCUAAAUUUACAAAAAUGGUACUCUUCAAUCAUGAAUAA